GAAGUUGUUUGAUGACAAGCCCAAAGUAAAGACAUUCUUUCCAAAUUUAGUAGUCUUUGCUAGUUUGCUACAUCUAUGAGCAUGAGCUGGCUAAUUACAACUUUAUCCAUUACUGCUUUCUUUUCAUACCAAUUAGCUUAUGCCUAUGAUCUCGACGCUCUACAAGACAUAUGUGUUGCAGUUAAAGACCCUAACACUUCUGUUUUUGUGACUGGAAAGGUUUGCAAAGACCCAAAGCUUGCAAAUGCAGAUGAUUUCUUUGCUUCAGGUCUUAAUGUUAGUGGAAAUCCAGUGCCUAAGUUUGGUUUUGCUGCUAAACUUUUGGAUAUAAACACGAUGCCUGGACUCAACACUCUUGGCAUUUCUAUAGCUCGUGGUGACCUCAAAGCAAAGGGUCUUAUCCCACCUCACACGCACCCUCGAGCUACUGAGCUCAUAACUAUCUUGGAGGGAACUGUCUACGCGGGAUUUCUUGCUCCUGAUACAAACUUCUUUAAGAGUCAUUUCUUCUUUAAGAUCUUAAAUCCUGGCGACGUCUUUGUGAUCCCGCAGGGGCUUAUUCACUUCCAGUAUAAUGUGGGACACAAAAAAGCUGUUAUACUCGCUACAUUCAACAGUCAAAAUCCUGGAUUAGUCGUGAUUCCUAGUUCAAUUUUUGCUUCAGAUCCUCCUAUCCUGGACGAUGUUCUUGCCAAAGGCUUCCAACUUGAUAAGAAAGUAAUUGAAGAACUUAGAAAGAAAUUCUCCCAGGAUAUGCCAAGUGUUAUUGUGUGCAGCUAAUCACCCGUUGUUUCUGAAAUACUUUAAUUUGUUCCAUUUACUAUUGUUUGUUGUAUGUUUCCAACCGUUUCUCUUCUUCCAUCAUGUAAGGUCUUCUCUAACUAAAUAAAUGUUUGAAGAAUCUCUAAUAUAUUCUUGCGAAUGUAAUAAAAACAAGUAAUUAUGUCC